AAAAAAAAAAAAAAAAAAAAGGAAAAAAAUGUCGAUGAUUCCAAGCUUUUUCAACAACAACAACAACAACAGACGAAGCAGCAACUUCUUCGAUCCAUUCUCACUCGACGCAUGGGAUCCGUUCAGAGACCUAACAUCAUCAUCUCCACUUUCUCGAGACACCUCAGCGAUUGUUAACGCACGUGUUGACUGGAGAGAGACACCUGAAGCUCACGUGUUCAAAGCCGACUUACCUGGACUAAAGAAGGAAGAAGUGAAGGUCGAGAUCGAGGAAGACAACACUGUUUUGAAGAUCAGCGGAGAGAGACACGUGGAGAAAGAAGACAAAAACGACACGUGGCACCGUGUGGAGAGGUCGAGCGGACAGUUUUCGAGGAGGUUUAGGUUGCCUGAGAAUGUCAAGAUGGAUCAGGUUAAGGCUGCGAUGGAGAAUGGUGUUUUGACUGUUACUGUGCCUAAGGCUGAGACCAAGAAGGCUGAUGUCAGGUCUAUUCAGAUCACUGGCUGAGCUGAGCUCUGAUUUCGAGUUUUCUCAUCUGUGUUUGUUCUCUGUUUUUACUUUGAGUGUGUGUGUGUGUCUAUCUAAUUAGUAAUUAUGAUGAUGUAUCUUCUUAAUUAAGUAAUGAAUAAUUUAGAUUAGAACAUG